GCACCUCCCUCCCAAUCCCCUUCCGCUAGGAAAUCGCCUUUCAGCACGAUUAGUGUUGCACCCAGUUCUCUGCAGCUACUCACAGAGAACCGUCAAAAUUUCCAUCCUUGAGGAUCUUGAGUUUGCGGAGGAAGAAAGCAUGGGUGCGGGAGCAAGCGCCGAGGACAAAAAGUCCAAGGAGUUGGAAAAACAACUUCAAGAAGAUGCUGAUAAGGACUCUAAAACAGUCAAGCUAUUACUGCUUGGUAAGUGAAAUUGAGGAUUGUUUUCUUGCAAUAAGUCUGCCCUUUUCCAGACUUGCAGAUGCUGCAAAAUGCUCAUGUUGACUGAUUUCUACUUUAAAAGAUGCUGUAAAUUCCAAACUAUUUAAAGUCCAUAUGUGAGAUCGUACUAAACCUGGAGUGCAGGCUCAGGUCUGCAGAGGAGAGCAAGAAUCUGGUCGUCUGCCAACUGUCAACAGGUGUUACAGAAUAAAUAACAGACUCUAGAGUUAAAAAAAGAAAAGAAAAAAAAAACGUAAAAAAAUAAACAAAAUAAGACAGAAGCUUUUGGAAAAUUAGCUGUAAUUUAUUCCAGAAACAUAAAUAUCUGAUUCAAGAUGUCAGUUAUGUAACAGAUAUGAAGUUAAAGCCAUGCAACAAAGCAUGCUGUAAUGGAUAUCUCACUUUGUCUGCAGCACAUUGUAUUUAUCUGGGAUGUGGUCAAGCUGAGGCUGCACUGACACACCUGAGUGUCUGCAGAGAGCGAUGUAAGAUAUGCUUUAAUAAUCAGUGGACUUACAGGCUGUACAGAUGGUUUGUUUCAGGCUAAAACCCUACAUUAGUUUAUUAGAAAGAUGGCCAAGUGCUAAAGCUUACACAGAACUGAGAGAGGAAUUAAAGAGUAAAGCAAAAGCUGCAGAGGAAGAUAAGAGAGAUCAAUCUCAGGGCUCAGGAGCUGUUUUGAUGCUGGAAAAAAAAUACGAGAACAUUUCGUAAGGGUCAAGGACCCAGAUUUUAAAAAUACAGAACUGUGAAAUUAUUAUUUGAACUCAUUUGAAAUUAUAUUUAAAGUUAAACAUGAGUCGAGAUUUUCAGCAUUGUAUCCUUAUGUGCAACAACAGUAGAACAAAAACAGAUUUUGAUUUUAAGUGUUUUCUGUCUCUGAAUUUUUCAAUGAACAGGUGAAAACCAAUUCAUCAAAACCUGACAAACUUGGUGUAAAAAAAUGUAUUCAUUUUUUUCUUUGCUGUUGUUUAAAAUUAAGAGUGACUUUUCAAUUCUAGCAGAAGGACGUUGGUGCUUAAAAUAUAUGUAGCCUUUGGUCUAAAUGAAUCACAGCACAGUGGUGAAACGUCAAUCCGAUUAGCUAACUGGUUUAGUGCAGAUCCACUUGGUGAGGACUUCGUUGAUCCCUCAACCCUCAAUAAGUAUAAAAGUGUUUCAUCGCAACCACUGUUUGAACAGAAAUAUUCACAGAGUACAAUGCAGAAGCAACUUUUGGUCAAAAUGCAUCAGUAACUGUUGAAAAAAGGACUUUUGAAUCAUUAUAAAUUCUUGUAACAGUUGCAGGAGAAAGGGCUUGUGGGAAAGGGCGAGUUUGGAUUGAUGACUUCUCUUGUAAAAACCUAAUUCUGUCUUUUUUCUGCAGUCAAAGCUUGGUUAAAUCUAGACUGUCAAAACGGCAUCAUUCCUGCAGAAAUAAGUGAAUUCACGUUGUAUAUCCUCUUGUUAUAUAGACAGAGGUGUUGCGUCUGUCUGUGGAAUUGAAACACAUACCUAGAGUGCCAUCUUGUGGGCUCAGAUAGAUGUUGUUUAAGGCACAACAGCCUCAAAAUGCUCUGCAGGUUUCAUUGAACCUUGUUUACACCUGAACUCAGAGGGAAGGUGUGUUGAAUCAACCAGAGAAAUAAGUGCUGCAAUGGCAAAGUGCUGAAUCAGAAAACUAGCUUUGUAAAAGAAACCAAUCCAGAUGAUUACAAAGGAACCUCAGAGUGGUGCAGAAGGAGCAGGAGAAGAAAACUGUUCUCUCUGAAAGUCUCCACAAAACCUGAGCAAACAGCUCUAACAGUGCUCCCUGUUUGUUCUCACACUGCAUUGACUGAGAAUCUCCCGUACACACUGUAUAAUUCUCCUGCAGCAAAUCUUCAGCCUUAAAGCAUGGCUGCUCUGCACCUCCUUUUAAUCUUAAAAUCUACAAACCAAGUCAGAGAAAUAUCUCUCAUGUAUCAGCGGUAUCUUGUGCAGGAUAAACAUGCAUACUGAACUCUCCUUUGGAGGGACCAGAUUUAAUGUCCCUGUAAACCUGGAGGUGUAGUCACUGAUGAGCAUGAGUAUGACUCCCCAAGGAGGAUACAUUCUUUAUCAAACGCCAUCCCUGCGCUGUUGCAAUGAUACCUUUACUUCCUCAUUACCAAAUAGCACAGACAAACUUAUUAUUGGCCUGUAAUGAUUGCUUAGCGGAGGCAAUUUAGUGGUUCCUUCCUGAGAGGGCCAGAAUACGCCUCAUAAUGUCUUUAAACGCUCAGCAGUAAGUCUGAGAUGGAGCUUAAUGUGGCUUCAGUGAGUGCAGGAUGGCCAGCUUGGCCUCCUUUGUGAGGGGAUAAAUGCUCUCUAACCUGAGCUAGCUUACUGCGCAACUGAGAGUCGGAUCUGCCUGUAGGCUUUACCUCAGCCUAUGAAUGCAACAGUGGCAUUUAGGAUCUACAUAAUGCAGAAAGCAUGUCUUAUUCAGAGAAACUGCAUCCACGAAGCAAGACCUGGAGUUCCUGAAGCUUGUAUUAAAAAUGUAUAAACAAAAUGAAGCCUGUUAUAAAACACAGGGACUCUUCUCAAACAGGAAUUUUCAAGGUGGAAGAUGAAGUGCUGGCCAAGAUAACAUAAAAUCUUGCAGUUUUACAAUGAAGUGUUGGCUGAUUGAGUGUCCUUCAUUAAAGGUGAAAAUGAUGCCUCAUGAAACUGGGAGCCAGAACACUCCAGAGAAAUUUCACAUGAUUUCAGAGAGUGGCUGAAACUAAUAAUUGAAUGCACACAUCUACAUUUGUCCCUUUCACUGUAGGGGACGCCACUAACUCCUCUUGUUUCUUCCAAAAUGACAUAAGAUGAUUGCCUGUGUAUGCUACAGAGCGCAUAUCUGUCUCUUAAUGACGUGUGUGUGUAAGUGAACAUUUUAAAGAAAUUAGUCACAAUCAGUGAUAAUUUUUCCUUUUUUUUUGCACACUUAGCUCAUAAAGAGGUAAAAAUUUGGAAGGCCUUGUGAUGAAUUCCAGAGAGACAUUCAGCUAAUCUAACAGGCGUCUAAGCAUCAUUCUUUGUGGCAGGUGAAUAACUUGAGCAUAUGAAAUCUUGUUUAAGUUUGUUUCUGCAGAAGGACAGAAUAACUCUGAAAAACUUUGGAGAAUUUGCUCAAAUUAUGCAAACAGACAAUCUUCACUGGAGUCAAAACAUCAGCUUUUCCUUAUUUUGUUGACUACACCUCUGAAUUAAUGCUUUAUCAUCAUCAAACAGUCUCAGUCCGUAAAUGUCACUGUUUCUAUGCUCGGUGGCAUGUACUAGGAAAAGAUCAGUUGUGAUGAUGUUGAUAACUUUUUUUCUUCUUUUCCAGGCGCUGGAGAGUCAGGGAAAAGCACCAUCGUAAAACAAAUGAAGUAAGUAAUAUAAAAAAAAAAUGGUGGAAUUAGUCUUCAGUGCCAUCCUCUUCCCAUGUGUGGCAGUGGAAAGCAAUCAGGGUGGAGCUCAGUUUUUUUUUUAAUCUCGUUGGUCGGGCACAGAGCCAGGAGGUCAAAGCUCUGUCUGUUUCACUUACACUGAAGCCUGUUACAAAAGGUCAACGGGGCAAACAUCCGUUUAACUUUGAUUUGUCAGCACUUGUUUUGUGCAGUUAGUCUGGUCAUGAGAGCUGAGCAAGUUCAGAAAUGCACCACAGGAGGGUGCUGUGACUACUAGACACUAAGGUUGUUCCUGCUUUCAGAGAGCUUUUAUUUUCAUCCAUGGAAAACAACAUGAAGUCAGUUUAUGUUUGGUCUAAUCAGUCCUCUUCUAUCUUGAUUGAACAAACUAUAUGCAGCGAUAAGGGUGACACUUCAAUCAUCCACCAGAAGCAGAGGAUGAUGUUGCACUGCUUGACAUUUUCUGUCUUUUCUACCUCUGCAGGAUUCUUCAUCAAGGUGGUUACACAAAAGAAGAGCAGUUGGAGUUUAGAGCUAUCAUCUACGGCAACAUCCUGCAGUCUGCUCUGGCCAUCAUCAGAGGAAUGGAGAUGCUGGGCAUUGAUUUUGGCGCACCCUCUGCACAGGUCUCAUAUGGCUCUAGAAAGAUUGUUGACCAGUCAUAAUUGACUUUUGGAGUUGAUCUUCCCUGAUAUUAAAUCAUGCCAUAUAUACUCCAAGUGCUGUCUUGAUGCUAAUGGCUGUUGUUCUGUGUGCAUGGGACCACAGGAGGAUGCACAGAAGCUGCAGAACUUGUCAGACUCCAUUGAAGAAGGCACAAUGCCCACUGAGCUGUCUGAUGUCAUCAAGAAGCUGUGGAAAGACUCUGGUGUGCAGGGCGGCUUUGAAAGAGCUGCUGAGUACCAGCUGAACGACUCUGCUGGCUAGUGAGUCUACAUCUACAACUAGCAUUAAACAGCAGUGGAGUUAGAUGUAAAAUUUAAGAGUCAUGGGCUCAGUGUUUGUGACAAGUCUGAUUUGUGUUAUUGUGUUUCUGCCAUCCUCAGCUACCUAAAUGAAAUGGACAGAAUCUGCAAGCCAGAUUACCUUCCUACUGAGCAGGAUGUGCUGCGAUCUCGAGUCAAAACAACUGGUAUCAUCGAAGAACAGUUCUCCUGCAAGGAAUUGCACUUCAGGUAAGUCACAACAGUGGAAAGUACCAAAGUCUAGACCUGAAGGAGUUGUGAAAAACACAAAAACAUCUGACACUGUUUGAUGAACAGGAUGUUUGAUGUGGGCGGCCAGAGGUCAGAAAGAAAGAAGUGGAUCCAUUGUUUCGAGGGUGUGACCUGCAUCAUCUUCUGCGGAGCUCUCAGUGCAUAUGACAUGGUGCUGGUAGAGGACGAUGAAGUGGUGAGUAGAUGCUUCACUACCUGAUCCUAAAAGCGCUAGACCAUAAGCAUACCAACUCUAAACUCACCCUGUCGCUCUGUGACUCUUUUUUUCCAGAACCGUAUGCAUGAGUCCCUCCAUCUAUUCAACAGUAUCUGCAACCACAGAUUCUUUGCGCUGACCUCCAUCGUGCUUUUCCUCAACAAGAAGGAUCUGUUCGAAGAGAAGAUCAAGAAAGUCCACCUGAGCAUCUGCUUCCCAGACUAUGAUGGUAGGACCAAGUGAUGCUUUUUCAUAACAAAAUGAUUCAAACUGCACUUUGACAGAGCCAGGCUGCAGAAGUCUCUAAUUCCUAAACAGCAUCCAGUGGGAUCCAUAGUAUUCCCUUGAUUCAAUUAUGAAAUGAAAUUGUGAUUAUUAAACCGGCAUGUUACGAUCAGAGAAGUACUUGUUCAAACAAAAAGCAUGAAUCUUGUGAAAUCAACUCCUAUUUCUUCACCCCUGAUUGUUUUAGGCCCCAACACGUAUGAUGACGCCAGUAACUACAUCAAGACACAGUUCAUGGAGCUGAACAUGAAGAAGGGUGUGAAAGAAAUCUACUGCCACUUGACCUGUGCCACAGACACAAAGAACGUCGAGAUUGUGUUCAACGCUGUGACAGACAUCAUCAUCAAAGAAAACCUUAAAGAUUGCGGUCUUUUCUAAGCAGCUCCAGAGUGAAAAAGAGGUACGCAGUGACCACAUGAUACACUAUACUCCCAGGGACUUUGUUGAUGCAGGGUAAUAGGGUCCAGAUGAGGCAGACCCCUGGCAAUUUAAUUUAGCCAUCCUGUGUUGCUAAGAAACAGCUUCUGACCAAAACAUGAGCUCACAUAAACUCAAACUACACAGAAAAUGAAGAACCUCAGGGAGUCUUAGGGGUGAGAAAGAAGAAGCAAAAAAAAGUUUUUCUAAAUCAGAAUCAUCUCCCUUUUUAUUUCUAGAGAAACUUUAGAACUUUAGAGAUGUUUCCCUGUAAAAUCAUCCAAAGAGAACAUGAUCCAAGGUGAUUUCAGCAUAUUUGAGGCAGGUUUUUCCACUCUUCUCCACUUUGCAGACCUUCCUUUCCUACCUUAACCCCUCACAUUUUGGCAUCAACUGAGAGAGUACUGAUGGAGCUCAGAGGAUCCUCAGUUUGUUGUGUUCAUGCCAUCGCGUCCAUGCCAAGUCCCGGUCCUCGACUGCUCCUAGCACACCACCGUCUCCAACAGUAGAUUUCUGCAACAAAGUGGACGACCACCAAGAUACCACGCUGUUGUUGUGGAAGUUCAGCUCACGUCUGCAAGAUUCUUCAGUGUUUUCUAAAGUACAGAUCGUUGCUGGUUUGAAGGUUUGAAGAUGAAAUAGCUGCUCGAGCAGUCCUCGUUGCUUCCUUUUGACUGCUUUGUUGUGAGUUAUAUUUACUAUUAAAAACCAAGCUCUGUAAAUUAAAUAAAACCAUAAAUCUUUGGGAAAAUAUUUUGAAUAGCAACAUGGCAACCUUGUUUAUGUUUUUGAGUACAGUAGUCUCUGUGGUCUUGAUAUUUAAACUGUAAAAAGUUGCUGAGCAAAUAUCGCAGAUAUUCCCAGUGCUUGCAGUGUAUCCAGAUUACAAACCAAAUUGUAAAUGUAUCUAAUAUAAAUAGCUUUGAUGUAUACAACUCACUAAACAUUUUAAUGUGAUGAAUUUAUUUCAGAAGGUCAAACAUGGUAGAGAAACUUUGUACAUAAGAGUAGAUAAUUCAAUAUAUUUUGAGAAUAAAACUAUAUUGAAAUAUACGAGAGAGAGGGUCAAACUAGAGGGAUGUUGCUUUAUUAUGAAAAGGGAAUGAAAAUCUACCGACUUUGUCCUUUCUUAUGAAAUGUAGAGGCAUGAAAUAAAGAUGCAUUAACUUCA